AUGUCUGCCGUCAACUCCGCAACGACUCAAACCGCUGCACCUUCGCGACCGGCAGCCAUGGCGAACGGCACCUCCCCCUCUGCCGUGCCGGUUCCGGCCGCUGCGGCAGCAGCAGCACCCCAAUUGAACAAGAAAACGAAGAAGAAGGCCCUCGACUCGAACGAGGCUUCCAAGCUCGUCGCCGCCAGGAUUUCCCAGUUGGAGCUUGACCAGGCAGGGGAUAAGGAGCAGGAGAUUGAGAUUGAACGGGAGGUCAAGAAAGCAAAUCGCGAGCUCAACUCGCAAACGGCCAAGAUGGAUAACCUUCAAAAGAUUGAUCAUCUGACGAAGCGUUGUUCGGAUCUGCUUGCCGACAUGAAGAGGCACGAACGGGAAAGCCUAAAGAACAAAAAGCGGGGUGACCAGCUUCAGAAGGAAAAGGACCAGAGCCGCACUGAACUCACCAAGACUGUUGGCCUCAAGGAGAAACUCGAGAAGCUCUGCCGGGAGCUUCAGAAAGAAAACAACAAGCUCAAGAGCGAGAACAAGGCAUAUGCCGAUAAGCAACUGCGGGAUCAGAACUCGUGGGAUGAAAAGUUUCUUGGUCUGCUCCAGCGACUCGACGACUACCAGAGUGAGAAGGACAACCCCAAGAAGCAGAUGGUAGACAUGGAGCUUGAUGAACUGUUCCGCCAACGCUUCAAGACUUUGAUUGAGCAGUAUGAGCUUCGAGAUCUCCACUUCCACUCGCUUAUGCGCACAAAGGAACUCGAAGUGCAGUACAACAUGGCAAGAUACGAGGCGGAAAAGAAGCGAGCCGAGGCCGAAGUGGGACGCUCCAGGCAGCUCAACGCGCAGAUCCAGACCUUUUCCAAGACCGAAGGCGAACUACGGACCCAGCUCAACGUGUACGUUGACAAGUUCAAGCAAGUUGAGGACACGCUCAACAAUAGCAAUGACCUUUUCUUGACAUUUCGGAAGGAAAUGGAGGAGAUGUCCAAGAAGUCAAAGAAGCUGGAGAAGGAAAACGAGAGUCUCAAGAGGAAGCAUGAAGCCAUGAAUCAGAACAUAUUCAAGAUGGCGGACGAGCGCACCAAAAAUCUCAAGGAGCUUGAGGAACUCAGGAAGAAGACGGAAAAGCUGACGAGCAUCAUAACGCAGAUGCAGCAGCAAGGUCGCGGGAUCGCGCCGAGUGGAUUGGCCAACAGCGUCGAACCCUGCUACCCUGAGGGCGAUGAGGAAGGUGAGGGUGAAGAGAGCGAGUACGAGGAGGAGUAUGAAGACGUCAGUGAGGAGGACGGCGAGUACUACGAUGAGGAUCUUACCGAGGAGGAGGCGCAGCCCGAGCCGCAGAAAUUCGGCCCCGAGCGCCCUCCGCCCCCGCCCGUCGCGAACGGGUGCUAG